CCUAAUUUAUUGGACUUUGGAGGGUGGACCUACACUAGCACCAGUAUAAACGAUAAAAUACAAUAUUUAAAAACCUAUUUAACAAAUUUAAACCUGACAUUAGAACUAACCUAUAACAUGUAAUGGCUUCCCGAGGAAAGGCAGAGACUACCAAAUUAAAACAAAAUUUAGAAGAACAAUUAGACAGAUUGAUUCAGCAGCUGAAAGAUUUGGAAGAAUGCAAAGAAGACCUGGAUGCAGAUGAAUAUGAAGAAACUAAAAAUGACACCAUAGAACAGUUGAAGGAUUUCCAAGACUCUCUAGAGAAUAUGAUGAAGGGCAACAUGAGUUUAGUGGAUGAAUUGAAUGGCAUGCAGUUGGCUAUACAGGCAGCAAUCAGCGAGGCAUUCAAGACCCCCGAGGUCAUCAGAAUGUUUGCUAAGAAGCAGCCGGGGCAGCUACGUCAGAGACUGGCAGAGUUAGACAGAGAUGCAAAGAUUGGGAAGUUGUCCACAGAGCAAGCCACAUCACAGUCUGUGGAAAUUCUUACAGCUCUGAAAAAAUUAGGAGAGUCCUUGACUCCCACUGAGGAGGCUUAUCUACAGAGCAAUUCCAGUGCAAGCUUAAAACAGUUUGAAAAAGUUUCUGGGACAAUAGCGGCUGGAGACAAGGUUUUAGAAGUGGCUGGGUCACAGGUUCAGCAAGCAAACAAGUGAUUCUAGCCUGCCUGGACAUUGGAGAAAGAACAGAACUUGAUUUAAAAAGCAAUAUUUACACCAGCCUGAAGAGGGCUAUUUAACAGUAAAUUUAAAAAUUCAAAUCCCAUGAAAAAUGAAUGCAAUUUUCUACCCAAAUUGUGGUAAUAAAGUAAAUAAACUUUCCAGUAAGUUAAAUGAUGUAAAGAUGAGAAGAUUCGAUGAAUUAUUUGUGAGGAAUGCAAGAGAUAAAAAAGAGACCAGAAAAUGACUUGAAGACACUGCUGAGUUCAGCAAAAAUAUGGCUCUAUUCCAUAGGCACAAAGGAAAAUGGAUUUCAAAUCCUCUUUAUAUUAUUAUAUAUCUAGGUCAUCUCUUCCAAACCAUUAAUUAUUGCUGCUUUUGGUUUUGUAUGUUUAUAAGGCAUUUGUGCAAUGAGAUAAGAUGCCUCAUUACAGCGCAUUGUCAAUGUUCAAAGUAUGUUGCUAUGUAUCUACAUUAAUGUGGAAAAUUAAUGUUGGUUUACGUUUGAUUGGUGUAUUUAUGACAUUUUUUAUUUCAGUCCUAAGAAGCAAAGCUAAUCCAAGACACAUCAGUUUGUUGUUAAAAUCAUACAGUACUUUAUUCAACUCAAAUCUGUUUUGGUCUUACACCUGCUUUGGUCUUACACCUGUUUUGGUCUUACACCACGUCAUCUGACAUUGUAAAUUUUUUUUUGCUGUUUUAUUUUGUUUCAAAUAAAGUAAAAAAUAUAUUGAUGAAAAUAGUAAGCAUGUACUCAGAGUUUUAUGACAUCUCUUCGAAUUCCAAAGGAGUGAAUUAAACUACAGUUUUAGAAUAAA